CUUCCCAUUCAAUUCCCUCUCUUUCGCUUCACAACUACUCGCAUUUAACGCUCUCAUACAAAUCCCACAGAUCGAGCGAUCGAGAGAUACAAUACACAGUCGCUUAAAAUUUUUUCGGAGAAGCAGAGAAAGCUUCAGAAUCAUCAAUAAUGGCGGUCACUCUUAGACUACAGUUUUCAACCGCUUCAUUAAUGCUCUUCCUUCUUCUCAACAUCCUCUUCGUUCAAUCCAGUUUUGCUGGAGAUCAGCGAUUGCAGAGCUUUAAUUCUUCAUCCAUGGCGGACCGUGUUGAUAGUUUUUCUGGAGAUGAGCGACUGCAGAGCUUCAAUUCUUCAUCCAUGGCGGACCGCUUUGCUGGAGAUCAGCGAUUGCAGAGCUUCAAUUCUUCAUCCAUGGCGGACCGGUAUGUUAAGAAUGAGCAUGCCGUUGAUAAUCCAGAGGAAAUUGCAUCAAUGGUGGAUUUGAGCAUACGCAACAGCACAGAGAGAAGGAACUUGGGGUUCUUCUCUUGUGGAACAGGAAAUCCAAUUGAUGAUUGUUGGCGUUGUGACCCACGUUGGCAACUGCGGCGAAAGCGCCUCGCCAAUUGCGGCAUUGGGUUUGGUCGUAAUGCAGUCGGUGGCCGUGAUGGGCGAUACUACGUCGUUUCUGAUCCACGUGACGACGAUCCUGUCAAUCCCAGACCAGGCACCCUCCGCCAUGCUGUGAUUCAAGACAGACCAUUAUGGAUUGUGUUCAAACGAGACAUGGUGAUCACUUUAAAGCAAGAACUCAUCAUGAACAGCUUCAAGACAAUUGAUGGGCGUGGCGUCAAUGUCCACAUCGCUUAUGGUGCUUGUAUUACAAUCCAAUUCAUUACCAAUGUUAUUAUUCAUGGUUUGCAUAUUCAUGACUGCAAGCCAACGGGGAAUGCCAUGGUUCGAAGCUCGCCUAGUCAUUAUGGAUGGAGGACAAUGGCUGAUGGUGAUGGGAUUUCAAUUUUUGGGUCGAGUCAUAUUUGGAUUGACCAUAAUUCUCUUUCUUCUUGUUCUGAUGGGCUCAUUGAUGCUAUCAUGGGAUCAACUGCUAUCACAAUUUCUAACAAUUACUUCACCCACCACAAUGAGGUGAUGCUCUUGGGACAUAGUGACUCUUAUGUAAGAGACAAGCAAAUGCAAGUCACCAUUGCUUAUAACCAUUUUGGUGAAGGUCUCAUCCAAAGAAUGCCAAGGUGUAGACAUGGGUAUUUCCAUGUAGUAAACAAUGACUACACUCACUGGGUAAUGUAUGCCAUUGGUGGAAGUGCUAAUCCCACCAUUAAUAGCCAGGGCAACCGAUAUCUUGCCCCUGUCAACCCUUUUGCCAAAGAGGUCACAAAGAGAGUUGUCACAUCUAACGGUGUAUGGAGGCACUGGAAUUGGAGAUCGGAGGGAGAUCUCAUGCUAAAUGGAGCCUAUUUCACUCCAUCAGGGGCUGGUGCAGGAGCCAGUUAUGCAAGAGCCUCAAGCUUAGGAGCCAAAUCCUCUUCGUUGGUGGGCUCGCUUACUUCAAAUGCAGGUGCCCUUUCUUGUCGUAGGGGAUUCCGUUGUUAAUUUAAAGCCAUAGUUAAAAUAAUAUAUAUAUAUAAAAAAAAAAAAAAAGAAGAAAAAAAGAUAUGAACAUUUAAAGGAAGAAGAAAACAAUUUACUCAUUUUCUUCUUCCCUAUGAUUGUUAUAGUUAUAGCAUUAUCCCAAUGAGUUUGAGCCAUCCAUUGAUCUGUUCACAACCCCUCACUUUGUACUUGUCCCAAUCAAGAAUUGGAAACUGUACAUUUUUCUUUGGUUACAUCUCAAUGCCAAGUGUUGUAAUAUCCA